AUGUCUUUUACCGAGAAAGAGGUGCCGAAGGGCGCCCAUGUUGAGGGUGCGACUGAGGAUCGAGUGUCCAUCAGUGCUGCUCCCAUCGGGGAUGGAAUCCACACCGCAGCCGGGAAGGGCCAAGUCGCAACAGACAAGUACGGCCACCCUCUUGUCGAAUUCGACCCCGUAGCGGUCCGCAAGCUUCGCUGGAAGCUCGAUCUGUACACGAUUCCCACCGUCGCGUUGCUGUAUCUCUUUUGCUUCAUCGAUCGUGCGAAUAUUGGAAACGCUAGAAUCGCUGGCCUCGACAAGGACCUCGACCUCAAGGGCUACGACUACAACAUUGUCCUCUCCGUCUUCUACGUCUCCUACAUCAUCUUCGAGAUCCCCGCCACUGUUGCCUGCAAGUGGAUGGGCCCCGGAUGGUUCCUGCCUCUCACGUCGCUCUUGUUCGGCAUUGUCUCCAUCAUGACGGCCCUCGUCCACAACCGCGCCGCCAUCUGCGGCGUGCGCUUCCUGCUCGGCAUCUUCGAGGCAGGCAUGCUCCCGGGCAUCGCCUACUACCUCUCAAGAUGGUACCAGCGCGCCGAACUGACCUUUCGUCUAUCGCUGUACAUGGUCAUGGCCCCCCUGGCCGGCGCCUUUGGCGGUCUUUUGGCUUCAGCCAUCCUCACCCUCGACUCGUUCGGGAGUCUCCACCGCUGGCGGAUGAUCUUCGCCAUCGAGGGCAUCGUCACCAUCAUCCUGUCCAUCAUCGCCUUCUUCACCCUCACCGACCGCCCCGAGACCGCGCGGUGGUUGACCCAGGAGGAGAAGGACCUCUGCAUCGCUCGCGUCAAGUCUGAGCGCGUGGGUGCCACGGAGGUCAUCGACAAGAUUGACAAGACCAAGCUGAAGCGCGGCAUGUUCAACCCCGUCACCCUCGAGAUCGCCAUCAUCUUCCUUUUCAACAAUAUCACGGUGCAGGGCCUGGCCUUCUUCCUCCCGACCAUUGUCGCCAGCAUCUACCCCACCUUCUCGACCGUCCAGAAGCAGCUGUACAGCGUGCCUCCCUAUGCGGUCGGAGCGUUCUUUACCAUCGCGUUCCCUGGCCUGAGUUGGUACCUUGAUAGACGCCAGGUGCUCAUCGCCCUGAGCGCGCCGAUGGUCAUGUGUGGAUACAUCAUGUUCCUUGCGUCCAAGGUGGCCAAGGUCCGCUACGGAGCGACCUUCCUCAUCGCCAGUUCCGCCAUGGUGCUGGGUCCCAUGUCCAACGCCCACAUCAGUGCCAACGUCGUCAGCGACACGGCGCGCAGCAGUGCCAUUGGUAUGAAUGUCAUGUUUGGUAAUGUCGGCGGUCUCAUCUCUACUUGGAGCUUCCUCAGCUGGGAUGCGCCAGACUACCACAUCGGCAACGGCCUCAAUUUAGCUGCCUCAAGCAUGAUCCUGAUUGUGGCCACCUGCGCGUGGCUCUGGAUGAAGUGGGACAACAAGCGCCGCGACGACCGCAGCAUCGAGGAGGAGCUGGCGGGCAUGUCGGAGCAGGAGAUUCGGGACUUGGACUGGAAGCACCCUGCUUUCCGCUGGAGAACCUGA